AUGGUGGCGUGUUCCCCUUCUCUUUACGAUUAUCGCAUUCUGGGUUACGCCGGACUCGCUAAUCCAAGAAUCGAUGGACCAACAUUAUUUGGCUCGGUCCCUACCUGGGUUCCGGACUUUUCAUGCACCUUCUUCGCCCCGCCAUUUACCCUACAUAACGACUUCAAGGCUACUUCGCCAAGAGACAUCCGAGAAGCAGCCUCGGAAUCUAGAAAAAAGCAACAAUUA